CAUUCCUUUCACUCCCACCCCCACGCUCCUUUCACUGCUUUGCGACACCUCUAUCGCCAUGGCGCAGCUUUUGCAAUUCUCGCAAGAAAUCAUGGCCGAGAACGACAUGCCGAAUUCGCUCCCAACCGAAACCGAAGGCGGUAUUAAACCCUUCCUGAACCUGACUCGCGAGCAGUGCCAUAUUCUCCUGGCGCUCUACCACGUCGUCGACCCCGGUCUCGAGCCCAAGGUCCCUGUGCUGUUCCCAGAGAUGGCGCGGAAGCUGCGCGAGGACCAUGCAGAGCGCAAUUCCAUCCUUGCGAAGCUUGAGCGUGCGGAUGAGGUCUAUCAGAAGGAGUUUCUGAACCUUCGCGAGAUCCAGAAAGCGGUCGCGGAGGCAUUGUUGAAGUCAGACAUGGACCAGGAAAAGGCGCGGAAUUACCUCAAGAUGAAGCCCAAGGACACACCGAUGGAGAAACUGAAAAUUCAGGAGAUCUUGACGAACGGAUUCUUGCUGGGCGGCGUACGUGAUCAGUCGGCUGGAAAUGAUUCGGACGAUAAGCAGGCGAAGGACGCGAAGAAGAAGGCAUCACCGCUCUCGGCACCGGGAUUCAGAGAGGCCAAGGCUUAUUACGAUUAUGCGUUCGAAAAGUUCAAGUUCUCGAUGGCGGCGGUGCAACUCGGCAACUUUUAUGCAGUCGAGCACGAGGCCUGUGCGGGCGAGCAUUGUAUCGAGGGAGAGGAUCCUGAGAAGGUCUCGAUUGAGUACUACUUGAAAGCCGCAGAGUUGGGUAAUCCCAUGGCGAUGCACAAGGCUGGAUGGCACUAUGAUCGCAGGGGAGACUGGAAUGAAGCCAUAGCGUGGUACGUCAAGGCUGCAGAUGAGGGGUUCCCGGAUGCGGCGCACAACUUGGGUAUGAUCUACCAUGAGGGCAACCCCAAAUCGACUCCUCCACUGCCCUUGGACCUCCCCAAGGCUAUCCACUGGUAUAACAAGGCUCUUCAAAUCAAGUACGGUCCUUCGGGCACGCAGCUCGGCCGUAUUUUCUUCAAGCUUGCGACUGACAAGUCCUUCCGCGAGAAGCUCCCAUCCUCGGAUCAGAACUACAGUCCGGAUCCCAAGGAAUACUUCCAGACCGCCAUUUCCUAUUUCGAUCAGGCCAACCACAUGCUCGAGGUAGAAUCCAUGCAGUUCCUGGGCAUGAUUUACGGGUCCAAGGAUUUCGGACUCUAUGACCUGGACAGGGCUCAGAACUUGUUCGAGCUGGCUUUGAUGGUCUCAAAUGGCGGACAGCAGUCGUUUGAGUACCUCAGUAGGACCCUGAAUGCCAGGAGGGCGAUCAUCAUGGACCAUCAGGCGUCGCAAGAUGGAGGGGAGAACAAGGUCGACCAGGCGGGCUUGAAGACCUGUGCAGCGAACGGUUGUGAAAAGAAGGAGUCUCAGGCGAACGAGUUUCAGAGAUGCGCAGGAUGUAAGAAGAGAUACUACUGUUCGCGAUUGUGCCAGGUCACCCACUGGAAGGAGGGGCACAAGAAAGCCUGCAAGAAAUAAGCCGAACAUGAGAAUGAUAUUCGGUACGCUUCGAGCAGGAUAUGUUAUACCUUCAUGCAUAUUUCUCCUCAACCGACGACUCCUUCGCAUUCCCUAGUAAACACACACAUAGCGCAUUCAGUUUCUUGCAACGAUUCAAGAGAAUGUAACCAAAAUUGUAUUUUAUUUGGUCUAUGAGGAUGAUGAUGAUGAUGAUGAUGAUGAUAAUAAAGAUGACGAUGGCGAUGAUGUUGAUACAGGAG